AUGCAGAGGUUGUGUGGUAUGCGCCCUGAAGGGCUGACUAUCCACUCGAGGUUCAGCCCGCUGCCGUCGACGUGCUUCUUCGACUCGAUCAUCAUUCCCUUGCCGGCAUGGAUCCGCAUCGUCGUCACCUUUGCCUUCUUCCACUUUGUCGUGCCUGUCCUCAUCGUCGAUAAGAUCAAGCGAUAUAACGUGAAGAAGGAAUGGCAAAGGCACGCCCAGCUUUCCUUCUAUUACUUCUCCAUUCUCGUCGUCUUCCUCAUGCAGAUCCUCGAGAUCGCCCGGCUCGCUGAGCUCCGCUUUGCCAUCGGUCUUCUCCCGUUCGUCUUCGCAGGCUGCGGCUUGUGCGCCGUCAUGCAGGCCACACGCGGCGCCAAGGGCCGGAUCCGCAACUGGCAGCCGGCCAACGUGAUUUUCUGGAUCAUGAGCGUCGCCGUCACCAUCAUCAAGAUCCUCACGAUCCAACGGUCUAGCAUGCGCAGCCCAGAGUUCAGGCGGAUGGGCUCCGACUACCCGACGACUCACCAGGUGCAGGACCUGGCGGUGAUUGCUGGUUUCUACUUUCUCCUCCUUGUCAAUGAGCUCGCGCUCAUGUUCCAGCGGACCUGGGACGAAACGGUUGACGGCGAGCACAUCAAGAAGCUGCGUCUCACUAGGUCCAUCAGCGAUCAAGCCCGCUACGAUCUCACCCGCGCCAUCGAGGAGGGCUACUACCCGUCUGGCGUUACGUAUCUCACGCUCAGACUCGAAGGCGAGUCGGCCAGUGAAAAGGCUGUCAGCAAGGACGACAUACUCAAGAAGACGGCCAGCAUGGACGCCUCCAUCGCCGGGUCCUCGUCGAGCGAGAAGACGGCCGGCAAGAGGGCCAUGGACGAUGACACAAUCGAGCCCGUGCCAAUGAUCCCGCCCAGCUUUCAGCGCAACAGCGAACGCUGGUCCUCGGCCAUGACGCUUAAAGACGCCGGCGGCGAUGACAACAUGAACGAAAAGGUCGGCGGCAAGGGUACCAAGAAACGCGGCAGCGAGAGGUGGUCGUCGGCGAUGACAAUCAAGGAGCCUAUGCCGCGUGAGGGCCACGACAAGCGCAUCUCGAGCUUCGCCUCUCCUAUGGUCGCCGAUAUCGACGAGAUCACGCCCCUGGAGUCCUCGUCGACCUCAUCAUCCCGCUACGACGACGAGCAUGCCGCCCAGAAGGCUAUGCUCCUCGACAGCCCAUUUCCCCUGAAGGAGCUCCCCGAGAGGCGAUCCUUCCUGCUGAAGCCUUCGCGACCCAACACGGAGCGCUGGUCUAACGCGAUGACACUCCGGGGCGAGCCGUCGUCUAGCCAGGACCCUUAUCCCAAGGACCACUCUUCUCCCAAGGAACACUCUUCUCCCAGCGCACCGCCAGCCCCUGCGACAGCGCCGUCGACGCCCGAGCGUAGGGUCUCAAGCGGCGAGAGAAACAUGAUGAGGCGAUACUCUGACGCGUCGACGAGGUCCAUCAGGCGGUUCUCGGCGCGCAGUGACCUCCGCGAGGCGGCGGCGACGGCUGCGGCGUUUGUGGACAAUGACGAGUCUCUCCCGUCGCCGACGGAAAUGCAUCCGCUGCAGCCGCAGCAGCACAACAACCAAACGCCGUGA